CUCAUAUCACCAGUUCCUGAUGCAUGGAUUAUUAAAUCCCUUGAGAGCUAACUUUGUUUUAACCAUCUAAUUCGGAAGUUCCAGAAGUUAGUAUAUAAAUUCGUCAGCUGUUUGCAUAGUCUUCAUUACUGUAUUCGAAAAUAUUUGGAAAAUGCAAAUAUUCGUAAAGACGUUGACAGGAAAGACGAUUACGUUGGAGGUUGAGCCUAGUGAUACUAUUGAGAACGUGAAAGCUAAAAUUCAAGACAAAGAAGGUAUUCCUCCUGACCAACAACGUUUGAUAUUUGCUGGUAAGCAGUUGGAAGAUGGACGUACUCUGUCUGACUACAACAUCCAGAAAGAGUCGACUCUGCAUCUUGUCCUUCGUCUACGUGGUGGAAUGCAAAUCUUUGUGAAGACGUUGACUGGUAAGACGAUCACGUUGGAGGUUGAGCCUAGUGAUACUAUUGAGAACGUGAAAGCUAAAAUUCAAGACAAAGAAGGUAUUCCUCCUGACCAACAACGUUUGAUAUUCGCUGGUAAGCAGUUGGAAGAUGGACGUACUCUGUCUGACUACAACAUCCAGAAAGAGUCGACUCUGCAUCUUGUCCUUCGUCUACGUGGUGGAAUGCAAAUCUUUGUGAAGACGUUGACUGGUAAGACGAUCACGUUGGAGGUUGAGCCUAGUGAUACUAUUGAGAAUGUGAAGGCGAAGAUUCAAGACAAAGAAGGUAUUCCUCCUGACCAACAACGUUUGAUAUUCGCUGGUAAGCAGUUGGAAGAUGGACGUACUCUGUCUGACUACAACAUCCAGAAAGAGUCGACUCUGCAUCUUGUCCUUCGUCUACGUGGUGGAAUGCAAAUCUUUGUGAAGACGUUGACUGGUAAGACGAUCACGUUGGAGGUUGAGCCUAGUGAUACUAUUGAGAAUGUGAAGGCGAAGAUUCAAGACAAAGAAGGUAUUCCUCCUGACCAACAACGUUUGAUAUUCGCUGGUAAGCAGUUGGAAGAUGGACGUACUCUGUCUGACUACAACAUCCAGAAAGAGUCAACCUUACAUCUUGUUCUGCGCCUACGUGGAGGCAUGUGAUUUCUGUUAAAGUAAAAUUAAAAAAUAAAUUUUAGUUUGAUUUUAUUUCUAAACGUAGUUCUGUUUUCGCGAGCUGCGAAUGAUGUUGGUCUGUUGUGUCGUUCUAGGUAGUGGGUUUUAACAGUGUGAUACGGUCGAUGGAUAUUCGAGCUUGGUUAGAUUUCAGCUAAGUCAUUCAUGGUUUAAUAAUGUUGUAGGACGAGUUGUUUGGACACAAUGUGUUUGAUGACAUAGGCAUUAGGAGUUGUAUGGUAUUGAGUAAGUAUACGCGUUAUUGACAUGGUGUUGCCACUGGAUGU